UCGUGUGUUCAAUUGCGAUAAAUCUCCUCCAUCUUUACCUCAUCUAUAAAUACCUGCAAAACCUUCAUAGUUCCAUGGUAGUUAGGAAUCCAAACCACCGUUUUUUUGAAGAUGCCUUGUGUUCAGAUCUCCACCAAUGUCUGCCUGGACGGCGUUGAUACCGAUUCCAUCUUCUCCGAUGCCACCAAAGCCGUCGCUCAGAUCAUCGGACGACCUGAGAAAUUUGUGAUGGUGAUAUUGAAGGGAUCAGUAGCUAUAUCAUUUGAGAGGAACAAGGAGCCAGCAGCAUUUGCAGAAAUAAUAUCCAUGGGUGGCAUUACCUCUCAAGUGAAGAAGAAGCUGAUAUUCGAGUUGGGAACAAUUUUACUCGAAAAGUUGUCCGUUCCGCGAACUAGAUUCUUUGUAAAAGUAUUUGAUACAACCAUGGCCACUAAAUAUGCCAAACUCUAGCUUCAAUAGUCCGUCCAUGUAAUAUACAUACAUACAUACAUAUAAAACAUCCAUCCAGACUGCCUAGGUUUUGACCCUGCAAAUGCCUGAAUUGUGUUAAAAAUUUGUACUCCUUCCUGUUGUUAAAUGUCAAAAAUAAAAAAUUGUACUCCUUCCUUUAUUCAUGACUAGAUGUUGUGUUC